GUGCAGUUGGCAUUGCCCGCGUUCAGAGGCCAUCGGUCGCCAGGAAAGGGUAAAGGCAGAAGGUCUAACCCCAAGGGUCCAGAUGGUCAGACCAUGCGCUGCUUUGAAUGCGGCAGCACAGAACAUCUUGCCGGAGCAUGCCCCAGACGUCGUCCCACAACGCAAGCCUCAUGGUUUCCCUUUGGUGCAUUCGGACGCAGAUCAACGACAUCAGAGCCAGCCAUAUCUCACAGCAGUGAUCAGUCUCGUGUUGCCAUUUCCAGUGAAUGCUCCUGGUAACCCAUCCCAGCCUGUGGAUGAACCAUCCGCUGAAGCGACAGCUGGUCGCAAUCAGCCGAGUAUGCAGUGGGCAUCAAUGUCACAGAUGCCAGCGGAACUAAGGGAUUUGCUGCCGUUCCCUGUGUUGGCACCGCCUACAGUGCCAGCCUUUGCAGAUCGACCGGAGUUUGAAUUUCUUCGCAUGGAUUCCCAGCAGCAGUUGCCACAUCCGCCAUCACUGCGCGAGCCACAGCUUUCGAUGUUGGAAGGUCCUGUCAGGCCACAGAUUGAGGAUUUUCACUUUGUACAGCAGCAUGUUGCAUAUCACCGCCAUCAGACCAACCGUGACAUGCCCAUGAACCGACCAGCUGUGCAGAUGAGAUCCAAUCUAGAUCGACAGUACCGAGCCCAGAUGUUUGAAUUCCAUCAGACACAGCAACAUGUUGAAAGAUCCCGCAAACAGAAGAAGGAAAGAUCGCGCCAGCCUCGCCUCAGCACAGAGGAGUCAGAGUACGAUGGGGCACCAGACGUAUGCCCGUUGUGCCGUGAAAAGUUUGAGGUUGAUGAAUCUGUUCUCAGACUGGUUUGCAAGCACUUGUACCACGUUGAGUGUUGGACUGAGUACAUGUGCCAUGGCGAAAGACUAGUUUGUCCUGUUUGCCGGGGUGGCUGUCAUGUUGUUGCAAGGUAUCGCAUUCCAGCCGAUCAAACAUCACCACCAUUGCCACCAUCACGACCUGUAACUCCAGAAAGGAGCAAUGAUCGAGACACGCCAGAUGCAUUCAACAUCUUCACACCACCACCAGGCCGUGCCCCGCGAGGCACCAGUGAUUCGUCAGCAGUAGGAACACCGUUCUUUUCUCCUGAUAAUCAAGAAGCAUAUCCUUGGUGGCCCAGUGAAAGUUUUGAACCGACUGCAGCAUAUCACUCGAUAUCCAUUCCAGAUCGUGCCGGCAUCAUCAUCGACCCAGGCGCUUACACGAAUUUGAUCGGAGAAAACACAGCCAGAGCAUUCGCCCAGAAAGCCAUCGAAAACGGUCACAAGCCCAGGCAAUGGAAGAUGAAACCAAUGUAUGUGCAGGGUGUUGGAGAAGGACAGCAGAAAUGUGAAUGGACUGUAUCAAUCCCGAUUGCAUGCAAGCUUUCAGUUGGCGGAAAGACGGUGUGCCUAAACUAUUUUGAGGCCCCUGUUGUAGGCGGGAGUGGUGCCAGAUUGCCGGCCUUGUUGGGCCUCAGAUCCCUCACAUCGUUGUCAGCCACUCUGUGCAUGCAUGAAAACAACGAAGCCCUGUAUGUGCCACUGCCUGGAGGGCCAAUUGAAGACUUUGCAUCAAUGCCGAAAGUGCCCACUGUCCAAAGCACCAUCCGGCCAUUUGAUCAUGACGAUUGA